CAGAGGCAGGCUGUUGGGCAAAGAUAAUGGGCACUGUGGAGGCUUAGUGUGAGGUCAUUUGCCUUCCAUGAGUUCUCUACUCUGCUACUGGGCAGGUCGAAAGGGGCACGUCUCAUCCUUAGGCAGGUUCACAGUCUCGGUCGGGAUUGGGUACGCUAAUAUUAAGUGCACAGUUUGUGAUUCCCCUGAAGACAUCAGACAAGCCGCUAGAGGCUCCUUGUGCCUAACCUUUUAGUGAAGGGAGCGGCCGGGGGUGGGGGCGGGAAUUAGCCUCCCUCUCCGCGUUACUCACACAAACUUGCGACGGACAGUAGGGAGCUACCUGAAAAAGCACUUUGCAAGAGAAGUUUUAAGCUAUAGAACUGGAAGCUUUCACCCUACAGGCAAAAUCACCUGUAGUUGGAGAUUUUGACGAGUUCACUCAGGAUAAUAAUGACACUAUGUUGAAAAACAUAGCAGAAGAUCUUCGGAAUUGCUUACCUCUAGAAAGCAUGCUUCCCUCAGAACAUCUAGCCCUGCAAAAAAUACAGCAGCAGCCAGAACCCACAGUUCACGUUGAUGCAUUCCUUUACGAUGAAGACUUUAUUGAUUCAUUGUGUGAGGAAGGAAAAAUGAGCAGAAACUACUGUAUGGUGUGUGGCUCACACCAGACAGCACCUUUAGGAUUUAUCUCUCAUUCCUUCUCUCUCAUGGAAUUGAAGUUCAUCUAUCAUCACGUACUCCCUGAUCUGUCGGGAAAGCUCGUGGUUGACGUUGGCUCCAGGCUUGGCACAGUCCUUUACGGGGGUUACCUUUACAGUUCAGCAUUGCAACUGUAUGGAGUAGAAUUGAAUGGAGACUUUUGCCAGUUGCAGGAAAUGAUCAUAGAAAAAUACCAGUUCGCUGACAGAAUAAAGGUACUUCAUGCAGACAUCUGUACCCAGGAUUCCCUUCUACAAAAUGCUGAUGUUGUUAUAAUGAAUAAUGUCUUCGAAUAUUUUCUUGAUGAGGCAGAACAGGCCAGAGCCUGGGAGUUCAUCAGCCAUAAUGUAAGGAAACAAGGAUCAUUAUUAGUGACAGUACCAAGUCUUGAAGAGUCUCUCUCAAGUCUUCAGGUUAAUAUACAGCUACCUUUCUGGGUUGAAGAGGUGCCACUGAACUAUGAUGUGUACCCAGAAAAGGACAUUGACAGGGAAGCUCUUGAACAAAUACACUUAUAUAAGAUUCUCUAGCACUAAAAGAGUCCUAUCUAAGUGUAAUGUUUUGUGAGUAUAUUAAAAAAUCAUGAAAAAGGCAUAUAAUUCCAGUACUCUUAACACAUAUUUUUUCUUUGUAUUUUUUUUAGCCUUUGUACAUGUUUACAUAUUUAUAAAU